AUGACUGCUGCAGGGAUCACGGCAUCGGCCACAGUGACGGAGCAGAAGCGCCUCGCUGGGGUCGCGUGUUGCAGUGCAGUCCGCAGCGCCGCCAGCAUCGCGCGGCUGCUUAAUGGCGGUGUGGGUGGGGUGUUCUGGCCCUUGGUUGCGGGGGUUGCAGGUCUCGCUCAGGCAAGGGCCGGGUCGCCGCCCCACCCGAGCGGGCGGUUUCGGCUUGUCAGCGUUUCGGCACUGCGGUAUUGCUCGCCCCUGUCGAGGCGGCAGUGUGUCCAUUCCCACCUGCGGGGGGCUGUGGAUGGCGGUAGGAAUGGAGCUGGCGGUGUUUCCGGCGUGGGGUUGGAGAAGCUGCCCUGCGCAGGGGCCGAGGCGACUGCAGUGGGUUGGGGUCGCGAUACUCCACCUGGAUCCCGCGGUGAGAUCAGUGCGCGACGGCGCAGUGUGAGGGGCUUCCAGGUGGCCAACGCCGGCGGCUGCGCAGGAUUGGUCGGCGGACGCUGCGGCUCGGCGCCCAACACCAUUGCCGUGUCACUCCCAA